GCAUAACGCCUGGCUCGACCGACUCUCACACUUAACAUCGUCGUCGAUGGCAACAACUACAGAUAAUGCAGCCCAGCUUAUAUUUGCACCAAAUGUCCUGCACAAUCAAGCGUUAACAUCUGUCAAAUUCCUAUCCUUUUGCUUCGCCGGUGCAGUUGCAGGAAUCCUCGGACUAGAGAACUGGCUGGGAUUCGCACUCUUUAUAGCAUCCAUCGUUUCAACCUCAUUUAUCAUUUAUGCCAUAAACUGCAGAGGGAAACCCACAAAAUACCUGCCUGGCGGACUUGUGGAGCUGGUGAACCCUGGUCAAGAUAACAUCUUUACAUUUAUUCUUGUAUGGACAUUGUUUUACGGCAUUAUACAUGGUACGAAAUGCUAGAAUCCUCGGACAAGCGGAUCGGUGACCUUUAUCCACAAGUGGAGCUCGCUAGUCAUCGGUGAACCUUGACCUGUUUGCUGGGUUUCUUCUCAGGAGCACUAUUGUAGUUUGCAUACAUUUGCAGACACACGAAGGUCGUGCAUGAUUAAUAUCCACAGAUGUCCUUGGCAUAAUUUAAUGUUUCACUUGAUAACCUAGAAUAAGAGCCGUUUGCCCAUCGCACUUAAAAAGUGUGGAAGACUGGCAGAGGCCCUGAGGCCAAGGGGAUCAAUGAAAUGCCCGGUUCGGCUGCUAAAAUGAAGCAGGAGCCACGAGGAGCCACGUGGGCCUCUUUACG